AUGUACGUCGACCCACAAAGGAAUAACGAGGUCAGAAAAUUGAACCUACCGAAUAUGCAAAAAGUAGAAGUACCCAUCACUGAGGAACAUACAGAUAAAAUGGAUAUCGAUCAAAAUUUACAAGAACAUAAUCAGGAAAGUGCUGAAAACUCUGUCUCGUCACGAGACUCCCAACAACAAAAUAAUAAUAAUAGUAGUAAUAAUAGCAGCUCUACAACCAUCAAUAAACAACCACCUGCAGUUAGUACCAAAUUAUUAAUACUAGGGAAGAAAACAUCAGGAAAAUAUAAUUUAACAGAUUUUCAAAUACUAAGAACACUGGGGACAGGAUCCUUUGGACGUGUUCAUUUAAUACGUUCGAACCAUAAUGGAAGAUUUUAUGCUUUAAAAGUGUUGAAAAAACAAACUAUUGUUAAAUUGAAACAAGUAGAACAUACGAAUGAUGAACGUAGAAUGUUAUCCGUUGUAUCACAUCCAUUUAUAAUUAGGAUGUGGGGGACAUUUCAGGACUCCAAACAAAUUUUUAUGGUUAUGGACUAUAUAGAAGGUGGUGAAAUAUUUACUCUAUUAAGAAAAUCAAAAAGAUUCCCCAAUCCUGUAGCGAAAUUCUAUGCUGCUGAAAUUUGUUUAGCUUUGGAAUACUUACAUUCUUUAAAUAUUAUUUACAGAGAUUUGAAACCUGAAAAUAUUUUACUGGAUAAAAACGGGCACGUAAAACUGACAGAUUUUGGAUUUGCUAAAUUUGUACCAGAUGUAACUUAUACAUUAUGUGGUACUCCAGAUUAUAUUGCACCUGAAGUGGUAAGUACAAAACCAUACAAUAAAUCUGUCGAUUGGUGGAGUUUUGGUAUUUUAAUAUACGAAAUGUUAGCUGGCCAUACGCCAUUUUAUGAUUCAAAUACUUUAAAAACCUACGAGAAGAUAUUGAAUGCACCACUGAAAUUCCCUUCAUUUUUCCAUGAAGACGCAAAGGACAUUUUAACAAAAUUAAUAAACAGAGAUCUAACGAAGAGAUUAGGUAAUUUACAAGAUGGUAGUCAGGACGUUAAAAACCAUCCUUGGUUUAGCGAAGUCAUUUGGGAUAAAGUUCUGGCAAGAUACAUAGAAACUCCUUACGAACCACCAAUUCACCAAGGGCAAGGUGAUACAUCCCAGUACGAAAGAUAUCCUGAAGAAGAAAUUGAUUAUGGUAUUCAAUGUGAAGAUGCGUACGGUUUCUUAUUUAAAGAAUUCUAA